CCCUCCUGCGCGAGCUCCACCCAGAUCGCAAGCAGCGCUUUCGGCAGCGGCUGUUUCCCGCCAUUGUGCGAAGUGGAGGCUGGGGCCCGCGCGCCUCGCCAGCCUGUCGCUUGUAGCUCUUUGGUGUUUACCGCCGCAGCAGCUGCUCCCGGAGGCGUGGGGAGGUCGGUGGACCGGCGCUCCUGUGGUGCUGUGCGUGGGAGGGCGCGGGCGAGGAGCGGGCGAGGAGCGGCCGAGUUCCUGAGGAGGAGCCGAGCGCCGGCAGCGCUCGGCCCGUGGAGAGCCGCCACCCCGGCCUCGGCGAGAUGCCCUGCGGGGAGGACUGGCUCAGCCACCCGCUUGGGAUCGUGCAGGGCUUCUUCGCCCAAAAUGGAGUCAAUCCUGACUGGGAGAAGAAAGUUAUUGAAUAUUUUAAGGAAAAGCUGAAGGAAAAUAAUGCUCCUAAAUGGGUACCAUCACUGAACGAAGUUCCCCUUCAUUAUUUGAAACCUAACAGCUUUGUGAAGUUUCGUUGCAUGAUUCAGGAUAUGUUUGACCCUGAGUUUUACAUGGGAGUUUAUGAAACAGUUAACCAAAACACAAAAGCCCGUGUUCUUCAUUUUGGAAAAUACCGAGAUAUAGCAGAGUGUGGGCCUCAACAAGAACUUGAUUUAAACUCUCCACGAUCUACCACUUUGGAAAGACAGACUUUCUACUGUGUUCCAGUGCCUGGAGAAUCUACAUGGGUAAAAGAAGCCUAUGUUAAUGCCAACCAAGCUCGAGUCAGUCCCUCAACAUCCUACACUCCCAGUCGUCACAAGAGGAGUUACGAAGAUGAUGAAGAUAUGGACCUCCAGCCCCAUAAACAGAAAGACCAGCACACAAGUGCCAGACAAGCAGGCGGGAGUGUCAGUGGUCUUCAGUGGUGUGGAGAGCCCAAGCGUUUAGAAACCGAAGCUUCCACAGGGCAGCAGCUGAACUCCCUAAACCUCUCUUCUCCUUUUGAUCUGAAUUUUCCAUUGCCUGGCGAGAAGGGCCCAGCCUGCCUUGUGAAGGUCUAUGAAGACUGGGAUUGUUUCAAAGUAAAUGAUGUUCUUGAGUUAUAUGGCAUAUUGUCUGUGGAUCCUGUACUAAGUAUACUGAAUAAUGAUGAGAGGGAUGCCUCAGCACUGCUGGACCCCAUGGAGUGCACAGACACAGUAGAGGAGCAGAGGGUGCACAGUCCUCCUGCCUCGUUAGUGCCAAGAAUUCAUGUGGUUUUGGCCCAGAAGUUGCAGCACAUCAAUCCACUGUUACCCGCCUGCCUUAACAAAGAGGAGAGCAGAACCUGUAAGUUUGUGUCAAGUUUCAUGUCCGAAUUGUCUCCAGUCAGAGCAGAACUGCUGGGGUUCCUCACUCACGCUCUUUUGGGAGACAGUUUGGCUGCCGAAUAUCUUAUAUUACAUCUCAUCUCUACAGUGUAUACAAGAAGAGAUGUUCUUCCACUAGGAAAAUUUACCAUGAACCUGAGUGGUUGCCCACGGAAUAGUACCUUCACAGAACACUUAUAUCGAAUUAUUCAACAUCUUGUUCCAGCAUCUUUCCGCCUACAGAUGACUAUAGAGAACAUGAACCAUUUGAAGUUCAUUCCCCAUAAAGACUACACAGCCAACCGCCUGGUCAGCGGGCUCCUCCAGUUGCCCAACAACACUUCGCUCGUUGUUGACGAGACCCUGCUGGAGCAGGGACAGCUGGACUCCCCAGGUGUUCAUAAUGUGACUGCCCUGAGCAACCUGAUAACCUGGCAGAAGGUGGAUUAUGACUUCAGCUAUCACCAGAUGGAAUUCCCCUGCAGUAUCAAUGUUCUCAUCACCUCAGAGGGGCGGUCACUCCUCCCGGCAGACUGCCAGAUCCACUUACAACCCCAGCUAAUUCCACCCAACAUGGAGGAAUACAUGAACAGCCUUCUCUCCACAGUGCUGCCUUCCGUGCUGAACAAAUUCCGCAUCUACCUGACCCUUUUGAGAUUCCUGGAUUACAGCAUAUCUGAUGAAAUAACGAAGGCAGUUGAAGAUGACUUUGUGGAGAUGCGCAAGAACGACCCCCAGAGCAUCACUGCGGAUGACCUCCACCAGUUGCUUGUGGUAGCUCGGUUCCUCUCUCUCAGUGCUGGUCAGACAACACUGUCACGAGAACGAUGGCUAAGAGCUAAGCAGCUAGAAUCUUUAAGAAGAAACAGGCUUCAACAACAAAAAUGUGUGAAUGGAAAUGAACUUUAAAGUUCUGAUAGCCAUGGCGAUUGACGAGCAGACGGUAGCCACUUUAUUGUAAAACUCAAGUCAUUUGUACCACAUUGUUUUAUAGAUAAUUUGUACCAAAAACCAAUGACUUUUCCUAAAGUCAGGCCUGGUAACAUCUGAAGUUUAUAUGCUAUCUCAGUAAGGGCUUUUACCUUACUGAUUUUAUGGAGCUUUUGAAGUUUGUUUUAUAAUAUAAAUCAGUUACAAUGUACAAAAAUGUAUUUGAUAUUAAAGUUUAAUAAUAAUGAUGUUGUUGAUUAUACCAUUUCCUUAGCUGCAGCCAAGUCAUGGGCCAGAUUCUGUUGAAAUGCUGUUAACUUCAUUUGAAGAAAAUAUUUGCAGUUUCAAAGUUGAAGGAAUCUUGCACCUCAGAUUUCUGUGUCUUUCCAUUGAAUAGCGGUGUCCGUAUGUUCAGGAGUCCAGGGUUUGGGGGAUGGGGCACACAUGCCAUGGAUUCACAUGUGAGGCUCCAAGACAACUGGCAUCCGACAGCAACUUCUUUCACCUAACAGAUAACAGCCCAUAAAACUAGCCAUUUACACAGAAACGGUUCCCAAACUUAAAUUUCAUGAACCAUCAAUAUAUUUUUAAAAAGGGUUGGGGGGUAAUAUUGCCUAUCUUUUUGAUAGGUAAUCAGAAAGAAUUCACUUUAUUAUCACAAAAGGAUAAACUCUUCGUAGUGUGGGGACACAUACCUGUAGUCCUGGAGUGCAAGACCAGGCUGGGCAACUUGGUGACUUUGUCUCAACAUGAAAAUCUAAGAAAAGGACUAGGGAUGUGGCUCAAUGGAAAGGCCCUAAGUUCAAUCCCCACACACACCGAAGGUUUGGUUUUUCCCAGAUCAAAAGAAAGUUCUUUAGAUGGAAUAAAUGUAGUUUUUUGCAGAGCACUACAUUGUCUUCAUUUCUUACUGUGUUCCAGUGCACUGAAAGCCACUGUGUAGGGUUCACUUAAAAGAACACUGCCCCAUGAAGUUUAAAAAAACAAGCUCUCUUUAGAAAGUUUGGUUGUUGACAGUGCUCUAGAUCAAGCCCACAAACUCUCUCACAUGCUAGGCAAAGCCUAUCCCAGGGGGGGCAAACCUGACAUUGAAAUCACAAAAAGGUUUGCCAUGACUGGCCCUAUACCAGUGAGAUACUUCUCCAGCCCAGAAAAUGGAAGACAUUUUCCUGAUGUCAUUCGGUUGCUUUGAGGAUAUUAGAUUUUGAUUUUUAUGUAAGUUUACCAAUUCCCAGUGUAUGAGUUCACAAUCUGCCAGUCCAGUAAAGGCCUGAGACAAUUACAGGUAAGCUUUCCCCAGCCUCCAUUAGUUUUGAUAUAGUUUAUUUAAGGAACUAAAUACCACCCACAGUGCAAAUUACUGUACCAUAGUGGUGUAAUUGUGCCAGCAAGAACCCUCAGAAAGGUCAGAUUACUUUUUAAAGAUAUCAGUGUGUGUAAAGAUUCAUUUCAGUCAAUAACUUACCUAGCUGGAAAACAAAUGAUUCCUUAAGUUUUUUUUCCCAUAAGGCUGGCUUACAUUGACACUGCUAACCAAGGAAACAGGGUCAGCCUUGAAGAAUCAAGGAGUUUAUUAUGCUUAGUGAAGGGAAGUAAUAAUUAGCUAGUUCAACAUUCUCUUCCUAAAUUCAAAUCUAUUUUUAUAAACUAAUGUACAUAAUGUUUAUAUUAAAAUUCUAACUGGUUUUCAUUUUUAUAAUUGGUAGACUAGAACUUUUAGAAAUAAAAUGAAGGCUCAACUGGAUUUGUGAGAAUAAGAUUUUUUGUCCUAGAACAGAGUAGAUGAGCUACCAUUGUGUCUAACUGUGCCAUAUAAAAUGUAAUCUACCAAAGAGAAAUCAUAAUUUUGCUUGAUCUUGCAGAGAAGUUCCAAUGCAGUAAAUAAACCUUCUCAAAUUACCAGUACCUUAAGCUGUUUUUUAUGAAUUCUAAGAUUCACUGUAAUGUUCUGUGUGGGAAAGCCCCAUGUUCUUAGAAAAACAUUAUAAGGGUAAAUUGAAGGACGGGUGGUGGGACAGGAUGGUGUUCUAUCCCAGUCCCAUUGCUCCUUUGCCUGUAUGUAGGGAUGUUCUAGUUUGCUGGUGAUCCUGUUUGAAUGAUGUGGAAACCACGGAUAUAGCAUAUCCUUGUUUGGAACUAAACUGCCUUAUGAUAACUAGUUUUCAAAAAUCUCUUUGGAAUUCAUUUUUCUGGAACAUGAAUAUGCAUUAUUUUCUCACCUUGGCUUGUAUUUGUUUGGUGGAAUGGAAUAAUUUGCAAGACCCAAAAGUUGGUAAGAAGAGAAUAAAGCAUUGUUUUAAAUAAAUAUAUGAAAUUUAAAA